CGGCGGCCAGUUGACUUCGAUCUGUCGAGCCCAGAGCAGGCAAUUACCCCCAAAUUACCAAACCAGUGAUUAUUUUUCUCGACAAAAAUCAUCAAAGAAGUCAAAGGGGAAACCCAAACCCCAUAAUCCAAUCGGCCAAGACCCAGUGAAAUAAUUGUGAUCACGUGAGCCACCAAAGUGCAGUGACUAAUUACCUGGAGAUACUCGAGGUGAAUAAUUAUCGUGAAAACUCGUGUCAUUCGAAUACGAUCGAUAAUAAACCCACGGAAGUGUGCGACGUGCGCGUCAUCGUUUGAGCAAAAUAACUUGAACAAUAAUUUAUUCAUCAUAACGAUAAUGAAGGCGAUGGUUGUGAGUCCAGUUGGGGGUCGUGUACCACCGAGUCGUGGGGUGCUCCACAGUAGUUUGGGUAUAAAUGGUACCCGACGUGACCUCGAGGCCGAGGAGGUCGCAGCAUAUCUCACUAAGCUCAGGUCCCUUGUUCCUGAUAUGCCGAGAAAACGUAAAUUAUCGAAACUCGAGGUCAUCCAGAGGGUCAUUGAGUACAUAUGUGAUUUACAAACAACACUCGAGGAGACCAAUAUACAUCAGGAUAAUACGGUUAAGACGACAACGAGACAACCGCUGCAACCACUGUUGAAUGCACCGACAGGCACAAGCUCACCCACGGCUGCUGCUGUUGCCGAACGGUGACCACCAAAAAACGAUCAAUGAAUCGAGUUAUGAAGAGGAAACGGAGCGUUAAGAGGAAGCGGGGAGACAAUGUACAUUGGGGGAUGGAUUACGUGGAGACCUUCAACCGUCCGCAACUGCUCAACGGGAGCUCUCGACGGCUGCAUUAUUCUCCGUGAAGUUUUUUCGUUUUUGAGAGAGAGACUAUUGUCCCGAGAAAUGUGAAUCCCAGUUCCUCGGGAGAGACUGUAAAUACUGUACAUAUGCAUAUGAUAUAUAAACUCAUUGCAUUCCUCGCACGACCUCGUCGAAAUCGAUACACUGUCCCAUCCCCUCACUGCACAUCCCCCUUUCGCGUCCCCUCCCUCGUAAUAAUUGAGACAUUUUUCUUUGUUUCGCUUUCUGAGUCUUCAUUCGAGGAUUUGUUUUUUUUGUGCGACUCAAUCUUCCAGCGAACUUCUUUUUGUUGAAAUUUCUCAUAUUUUUUAUGGAUCACACCCUGUCCCAGAUUAUUAUUUCAAUUUAUAUUUGUAGAUAUACAGAGAAUUAACGUAGAGAAUGAUGGAUUCAUUGUAAUCAUUCACACGGAUUAUUAUAAUUAUUGUUAUCGUUCUUUGUAAUAUUAUUUUAGUGAUGAUGAGUGAUGAGUAAAUGGAAAAUGAUGAAUACCCGCAAAUAUUGUAUAUUUGCAAAGACUGAAAGGCUGUAAAUACAUCGACAAGCGGGUUGUUGUAAGCUUUUAUUAUAAGAGAGAAUAAGAGAGGGAGAGGAGAAAAAAUAAAGAAUUAAAGAACAAUGUGUCCAUGAA